UCAGAUCCAUUUCCUUUUCCUCUUUAUUUUCUCUAUCAACCAUGACAUUACCCUUUUCUUGUUUCUCUUCUCUUUGGUUACUGAGAAAAUUAUAAAGGAGUUAGGAUUUGGUGGGUUGGUACUUGUUUGUGCUGAGAUCUGAUGAUGAUGAUGAUACACUUCUGCUUCAGUCAGUGCUUUGAAGCAGGGCUUAUUUAAUGUGUUUGAUUGGAUGGAUGCCAAAAAGUGGAUGAGGAUCUACUCACUUUUACACUGCCCUAGAAAGCAUGCGCACCACGAUUAAAAAGGACUUUUCAAGUAGGGGUUGUUUCAGAAACAAUGAAUCAUUGGCUUUGAUUAAUUAGCCCUAUUUGCUCUUCUUCAAUUGAUUGCCAUAAGUUGAUCAAAUGCCAAGGUCAAGGGGAUCAGAAAUGCCUCAAAAGCAGUCUUCCAGAGGCCCACUCAGGGGAUCAAGCUCUGAUUCCGAUCCACUACAUUAUCGACCAGUUACUGAUAAAAGCUCCAAGCUAGGAGAUCGUCGAUCACCAAGAGGUGCCCAAUCUGAUCUCCUGAACCAAAAGAAACUUGGUACCCGCAUUGCAGACCUAGAAUCUCAACUCGGGCAAGCACAAGAAGAGCUCAAGAUUAUGAAAGAACAGCUAGCCUCUGCAGAGGCAUCAAAGAAAGAAGCUCAAAAACAACUGGAGAAGAAAACUCGGAAACUAAGUGCUCCGGAUGUAGUGGAAGUUGAAGACAAGCAUCCUCCAACUGAGGUCCAAGAGUCAAACAAAACAGACGACAACAACCCACAUGAGAUUCCCGAUGACAACCAGUGCGAAACUGAUGUUUUUGGAGUCCCAAUGGAAAAAGUGUCAGUGGAACCUAAGGUUGAAUUCAGCGAACAGAUUGAUCAAGAAGAUGCUGAAGAAGCCAAACCAAUUAGCAUGUUAACUGAAUCACUGGAGACACAAAAGCCUACAUUUGACGACUUGGCCUUGAAGAACGAUGAAAUAAAUUUGUUGAAAGCUAAGUUAGAAGAGAAAGAGACGGAACUAGAAGUUUUUUGCCAAGAAAACGAGAGCCUAAAAGGUCAGCUCAAUGAAGCAGCUUCGGAGAUAUCAACAGGUCAAGCCAAGGAACAGGAAAUGACUUUGAGGUUGAGCCAACUAGAACUAGAUCUGGAAGACAGUAGAGCCAAUGAAGUCAAGUUGAAGGAGAAGCUUGAAGCUGUGGAAGGAGCGAAGGAGGCGUUGGAAACCGAAAUGAAGAAACUGAGAGUGCAUACAGAGCAGUGGAGGAAAGCGGCCGAUGCUGCAGCCACAGUGCUUGCCGGUGGCAUGGAGAUGAACGGCGGGAGAAGAAUAUCAGAGAGGUGUGGGUCCAUGGAUAAGCAGUCUGGAAGUGUUUUCGAGCCAUCGGUUGGUGGGUAUGGAGGCUUUGUUGGUUCACCUGGUUUGGGUGAUGAUUCGGACGAUGGGUUUGGGAGAGGAAAGAGGAAAGGCUCUGGUAUUAGAAUGUUUGGGGACCUGUUGAAAAAGAAAGGGCAGAAGUAAUCUUUCUCUUCGUUAAUUUAACUUUGAAAACCUCUCUCAUUUCCAUCUUCUCUUUGGUUAUAUUGCAUUUUGGUUGGCAUUGUGUUUAUGUUUGUGCUGAGAUUGAGCUCUCCAAAUCUCUUGGGAUGAUCUUGCUAUGUAUGUUGAGUUCUAAUGGGUUUUGGAGGCCACUUUUGUAAUGUAUCAGCAGCAAUCCAUACUCUUAAUGGGGGAUGUAAUGCCCAAUGCUCUUUCUAAAACCAGUCAAAUGUUAGCACAAA